GGACGAAUUGGCUGAGCAGUACGGCUGGAAUAAACGUACGAUUAUGCGUUUGAUUCCUAGUCGUUUGAAAGGUCACGCACGGCAAUGGUAUGAUACUCGUCAAAACGUAGCCAUUUCGUGGACGGAAACAAAAGAGUUGUUACUACAGCAUUUUCGUAAGUCCAUUCCUUUUGCUAAAUUACUAAGAGAGGCGGCACUGUAUGGAAGCGUACCAGGUCAAGCGCUGGGAGAUUAUUGUUUCCAGAAAUUGAACAAGUUACGUAAGUUAAAUGUUCGAUUACCCGAUAAAUAUCUUAUUGACGCGGUAAUCGGCGGGAUUACGGAUCCAAUUGUUGCGAGAACGGUGUGUGCUGCACAGCAUGCAGACGCGAACGCUUUAUAUGCAUUUAUGACGGAAUUGGAUAACGUGGUGUCAAAAAGCGCGAAAAGUAAAGUUACGACGGAUCACAAACGUGAGCGGGCUUCGAGUUCCUCGCGUCGGGAAACAUCGCAGACCGUAAGCGAGGAAAACACGACGUGGGCUAGUGAGGUUAGUGACGCAAAAGCUAAACACGCACAAAUAGAGUGUUUUAAUUGCGGUAAGGCGGGCCAUAUUGCUAGAAAAUGUCGGAAGCCGCGCGUAGAAUAG